GUAUUGACUGUCCAUUGGCUGUGGACAACAAUGUUUCUGUCGGUUAUUCAUGCAGAGCAGAGAUAGGAUGCAUGCAAUUUCCACAGACAUUAACAAGGACUACUUUCAGGCGUACUGUUUUUAGCGCAAUAACAAUUUGCAACAACUAUCCCCGACCCCUAUAUGGGCUCAUCAUACGCCACGCAUUGCCUGUUUCUGAUGAUCUACAUGUACAAGUGGUAUUAUGCAGCCCCAAGGAUGUCGCUAAUGCGGAAGGCUCUGCUAUGGUCAACUCCAAUGUGCAGCCAGAUGCACAUGCUAGAUGGUCAAGCAAUCACGAGCAUCACUCCGGUUCUGGGUUGGAUCGGCAGCAGAAUAAGCUGCUGGAAUGGGAGUCACAACUCAAGCUGUGCCGCGAAAAGAGGGACAAAAGAUUCUGCGUGGAAGGCCAAGACCUUGGGGGCAAGAGAAUAAUGGUCCUCAAACCUCGCCUAGCGCUUUCCUUAAGGAAAAAGAUGCUGCAGCAUUGGGCGGCAUCUUGUUGGAGGUUGAAGGCACGGCACAUGCGGCUGAGAUUUGAGCCAGCAGACAGAAGGCACUCGGCAGCUUCAGAUUCCACCAAGGAGGCAAAGUCCCGUGGUCGCCGCAAAGUUGUUAACAAGAGUAGCUCCAGCAAAUCUGAUGUCCACACUAUUAUUGCACAUCAUAUAUUCUCUGUUGAUGAACAUGCUGACACAUGCCAAGAUUAUGCUGACAAUCCGCAGAAGUAUGCUCGGGCAGUGGAUAACCAUCUCUCAAAUUUGAAAACUAAGUAUCAGGCCUUUAAUUGCGAACUUGGCUCCACUGGUUCAGGCCUUCGCUACGAUGAUAUUGAGCCAGGAACUCAUGCCUGGAAUCUGAUCGAAAAACUUAAAAUCAACCUCCCAUGGUGGGAGGAUCUGCACGGCUGGUGGAGGGAGAUACCCUCCAUCAACAUACUGGCCAUCUCAUCAUCCCCAGGUCAUGACCAUGGCAAGGAGGCCUCCAAAAUUUUCUCUAGAUCUGGCCGAUCUAGAGAUAUCUCUCCAAAUUGCCAGCCAUCGCCAGCUGAGGCCCUGACUCAUCAGCCCUCACCAGCCAAAACCCCUCCUUCACUACCACCUCCUCGUACAGACCCUCCUCCAGCAUCUACUUGUACGGACCCCAUAGUGCCUGCUCUUGACCAGAAUGUGCUGCAGUCUAUGCAACAUCUACAUGCUGCCUUGGAGGCGCAUCCGGGAUAUAUGCACAGCCCUGCUAGCACAACUCUACAACAACUGCUGAACCAGAUCCCCCCUCCCUCUGUAACGGACAACUCCUUGCUUGAUACGCCGAGCCUUGAGGAGGACUCAGAACCACACAGUGUUGGGUCUGUGUCCAGAACCAGGGGUGUGAGUCGUGCUUGCAGCCCAACAUUUAGCCCCCCUUGA